UUCCGUUCUAUCAAGACCCUAGCACCGCCUCAUCUCAUCAUCAAUAUGCAACUCUCUUACUUUCUGGCUCUCCUUGGAGCCUCAAGGAUUGCCUGGGCCGCCCCUGUCGCGAACAAUGACCAAGUGGAAUCAGCCUCUGGCGAUCUUGAGGAAAGCUUUGUCUACACCCAUUAUACCCCCGAGAAGCGUGAUGAAGAUCUCGACAAACGAUUCUACUACACCAAAUACGACCCUGCGAAGCGCGAUGAAGAUCUCGACAAACGAUUCUACUACACCAAAUACGACUCUGAGAAGCGUGAUGAAGAUCUCGAGAAGCGGUUCUACUACAACCCUUACACACCCGAGAAGCGUGAUGAAGAUCUCGAGAAGCGGUUCUACUACACCAAAUACGACCCUGCGAAGCGCGAUGAAGAUCUCGAGAAGCGGUUCUACUACACCAAAUACGACCCUGAGAAGCGUGAUGAGUGAGGGCUCACCGUGAACUGCGCUCAGCUAUCAAUACGGUCGGGAGGUUGAGCGCAAAAUUUGAACCCGGUGAAACAUAUGCCUCGGGCUCAUGCUCCUUGUGUCGUGCAGUAAAUGGGAACAGGGCCAUGUUGAUCCCUACUUUAUUAUCGCAAAUGCGUAUUUGUUGACUUUCUUGUGUUGUGUACUUGGCUUUGAGUAGUUUGGUUACAACAUGCAUUAUGGAUUUAUAGGCAUUCGUUAAGACCGGGUUCUGGGGUUCUUUUGGACACCACAGGC